UCAAUAACAUUACUCAAUCAUCAGCACAUUUAACAUCAAGCAAUCCCUCCUCCUUUCGCAAUAUCCCAGAACCCAAAUCCGGACGACUCCUUUUUCGAUAGCUCUUCGACGCAGUCUAGUUCGCCUGAACGGCCUUUCUUUGACUCCGAUUGUUCAAGUUCGUCGUCCCGUUCGAUAUCUCCCCUUGGGAUCGAACCGCCUGAUUUGAAAACCGACGAAUUUUUCCAUUCGUCUUCGUCUGAUUGCAUGGAUGUUAACGAUGAUAACUUUUUUGACUCUUCGAGCUCCGAUGAAGCCCUAUUCUCUGAGAGCUCUGAAGAAAGUGAGGGCGAUGAAUUGAAAGAUUCGGGAUUUGCAUCCGAGAGAGGAAUGUCGGUUGAAGUUGAACAUUCUGCAACGUUGCAAAAUGUUUCCAUUGAUUUAGACCUGUCACUUGACGAAGAUGUUGAAUACUGGAGUGACCUGAUGACUUGUAAUAGAGUUGUGAAGCAGUUUUCUCAAAAUGACAAGUCUUCAACUACGGAAAUGAAGGAACAACAAAACUUGAAAGCUCCAAAUGAACCCGUAUCUAAAAAGAAUAUUGAACGCAAUUUGAAUUUGACUGAAUGUUUGAAAAAGAGAAAUAGAAUCGAAAUUUUAGAGUGCGAAGGGAUAAAUGAUCUUAGAGAACCAUGUAAAACAUCGUCAGAACCAGUCACUGAAAUCGAAUGCAAAAUUCUUCCGAAUUCGGAAAAUGUCGAUAACGAAGUAGAAAAUGAGGAACCUGUCACAUCUGAAAACGAACAGUUGCACAUUCCCGAAAACAAACAAUUACCCGCAAAUGAUAAUCCUAAGAAUUUUAAAACAACAGAUAACUCUGAUAGCAAGGAUAACACCUUGUCUUCAGAACCGUUCUAUGGCUUUGAUUACGUGGAACCUAUUCAACGUGACAAAAUCCAAGAACCCACAGUCAUCACCCAUACCACACAAGUCUCUCCAGAAGAACAAAACUUUGGAGUAUGGCUUCCAUCAUCUUCUCAAAUUCCACCUUCUCAAAACUUGUCCAUGCCUAGCCAAACAAUUGAGUCACAGAGUACGACGCUUUCCCGUAUCCUAAGCACUAAUAAAGGUUCUAUCAUUCCACAACUAAGCAUCGAUCCAUUUUGUUCAUUGGAUGACAUUCCGGCGCGACCGAAAGAAAUCAUGUCGGAAAUUGCAGCCAUUUUCCAGCAGUUGACCAAGCUGGAGCUGGAGGGCAGUAAGCUGGUACUGAUGGUCAAGACACGUGCCACGUGGGAUAUGUGUUCCAUGGAAAAUGAUGUUUUAACACGGCAAUCUACCCCGGAGGACGUUUUGAGAACCAUCAACUACCAUCGAAAGCAUAGUAAACAAAGAUUCGUCUUGAUUGUAUUCCUGCUGUCGGAAGUCUUCAAAAUGCUUGCCAACGGAUCUUGUUGUACCAAGCGAGAGCUGUACUACCGCGAUCCUCAGCUAACUGUCCACCAACGAUGCGUAGACGAUGCUCUUCAGGACGUAUGCUUCUUGCUGAAGGCUGACCUUUGGGAGCUGAACGUAUUUUCCUCGUCCAAAGGCCUUAUUGCCGGACCGAUCAAGUUCCACUCCAAGCACGAAGAAAUGAUUGACUGUUGCAACUCGUUCGGCACUCAAAUUCCGGCCGACGUCAACGGACUGCUGGAGGUCGAGGUGGAUGCUGAACUGAUCCUGAUCGUUGAGAAGGAUACCGUUUUCAGAAGGUUGCUGGACGACGGAGUUCUCACCCGGUCAUCGAGGAAGAUCAUCAUUGUUACGAGCAAGGGCUAUCCGGACGUAGGAACCAGGUUGCUACUAAAGAAGAUUUGGGACAAAUGCCGAAUACCGAUGUACGCACUGGUCGACGCAGAUCCCUUCGGAAUCGAAAUCUACUGUGUCUACAAGUUCGGUUCACUGGCCCUCUCGCACCAAGCAUCGCAGCUAGCCGUUCCGCAAAUCCAGUGGUUGGGACUGAAGCCUUCGCAUACUACGUUGCUGGACUUGAAGUUGCUACCGCUGACGCCUCGGGAUCAGAGUCGCAUCCGGGAGUUGUUGAGGCGUCCCUACAUUGGUCAGCGAGGAUGCCUGCUGGAACGGGAGUUGAAUCUGAUGCGGGAACUCAACGGCAAAGCGGAGAUUGAAAGUCUGACGGACAUUUCGGUGGACUACUUGCUGAGCGAGUAUCUGCCCAAUCAACUUCGGUUGAUUAGCACGUAGUUUCAUGAUUGUAUAUUGAAAGAAUAUAUAGAUAACGCUUAUUGUGAUUUUACCCAGGUGAUCUAAUUGUGUACUUCAAAAAUUGUCAUUUUAACGUGUGAAAUAGAUUAAUAAUAGGUUGGCACGGAUACAACGAUCUCAUUCUUGUAGUUAGUCUGGAAACCGUAGUCCUGCAACAUUGCAUCGUGGUUGAAACUCCCAGAGGUAUUAAGGGGAUUCCAGAAUAGCUGCAGAAAGUUUCAGAGAUUUUAAGGCGUUUCAGAGAAUUUUGGGGAACUUUAUGGAUUGAAAGAGAGUUUCAGGAAUUUUAUAAGAGCUUUCGUAGGGUUGCAAAGGGGUUUCAAGGCAUUUCCGUGGAUUUCAGGGGGCUUUAAAGGUUCAAAGGAAGAUUACGGGAUUCCCAGUUCGGUUUAAUUUUGAGCUUCAUGACGUUUCAUUGGACUUCAGGGUGUUUCAGGGGACGUUUUAGAGCUUGAAGUUUAAGAGUAGACUGCAAGGCUCUCACGGUGGGUUUCUAAGGGGAUUCAAAACGUUUCAAGUCAUUUCAGUGGAUUUCAGGCACAUUCAGUGGGUUUCAGGGGACUUCAGUAGAGUUUUACGGAAGACAUUGGAGUUCUCAGAUGAACUUCCUGAGGAGUUUCAAGGCGAUUCAAUAGAUUUAGGGGGUUUCAGGGGGGUAAAGUAGAAAUUCACGGAAGACUACGGAGGUCUCAAGGGGUAAACGUUACAAGGCGUUUCCAGAGGUUUCAGGGGGUUUCGCGAGGAUUCAGUAAAGUUUCAAGAAGUCAAUGUUUUUGAGGAUUUUCAGGAGGUAAGUAAGUUCAGAUCUUAUUCGUAAUACAGCAAGCAAUCAGUAAAAAUACGCUUUUAGAUUCCAUUACCCAUGCUCAAUGUUUUUUUUUUUGCUAGACUCAACAUAGUUGCAUGAGGCUGUUCACUAUUUGCGUUUGUAGGUUCAACGACCUAUACCUAGGGGAGCUCGAAUCAAACUUCGCAUUAUACACCCUUUAACCCCCUGGUGAAAAUCGUACUUCGGCGUUUGAGGCCAACGAGGUCCAAAUGAAAUGGAAGAUCACCCGACAUUCUUUCACACCGUCCAUUGUUGCUUUGAUCAGUCUAGUCCGGUAGCUGUUCGGUUUCUCAGAUCACGACUAUCAAUUGUUGCAGAUAGGUGGACAACUAUUGUCAUCUUGAUAAGUUUAGCAGCGGUACCGUCCGAGCUAGAUGCUUUGUUGGUUUAGAGCUGGUGAAUGUCAUCCCUUCUUUCCUCAGCAUGGAAGUUGGAUGAAUUCCGGCCUCUACUGCACCGAUGUAGUCACUUCCUUGGUACCCAAGUAACACACAUGUUAUAUAAAAGUUACGCACAAUGUUAGAAUUACGUAAAAUAAACUUCUAUACAACCAAAACUUGCGCUGUCGUAACUCUAUUAUAACAUGUGUGUUGCUUGGAUAAUACCCUAAUCUCCCAUGCCCACUCUGCGGUGCUCAUCGAAGUGCUACUUCCAUCUUUCAGUCACCUCACGUCCGUACUUCUAGAGGCUCCAGUGCACAUUUCGGGUCAAAGAUCGAAGCCGUUGCGGAAUACGAUGAGCUCCUGGUAGAGAUUCCGUGUUUCUUGAGGACGGUACAGCAGUUCCAUUUCCUCGCACUCCGCUUCUUCCAGGUGGUGUUUAUCCUCCCGAAAAAGGCGCCAGGUUCUAUGCACUCCUCGUUGAAUGUUUCUUACCGUCGACUCCUUUCCACGUAUGGCUACUUUUACUGUACUCCAGCAGAAGUGGAAGAGAACACGUCAACCUCGUCCUUGUCUGACUACUGUCUCCUCGACCCACUAAACACAUUCCUAUGGUUGCCAAACCCUUUGUCUCUCCGGAACCACCAAGAAGGCAUUGCUUCAGAGAGACGCUAGUGCACAUCGCACCUUCAAGGUUAGCUGCGUAGCCUAAAGCAAUGAACAUCGAUGACUCGCUUUUGAGAGUCCAUCACGAUAGCAUGCUGGCGCUUAGCCAGUUUUCCGAGUCGUCAUCAUCACUCCCUUUGUCCUCGAAAUGGUGUGCAGGGUCAACUCCACGCCCGCACUCAACUGUUUUGCAGACAUCAAGAACUGAUGCCUACGUGCAACCAGAUCUGACCUGCUGAAGGCAAGGGUAUCACUACCCUUCAAGCCCUAUCAGUUGCACAAGAAGGUUGCAGGCAGUAGGGUCUCCACCUGCCCGGCCCUUACCUGGGACUCCUUUCCAACUGUUCUGGCUCGGGUUCAACCCAGUAGACCGGCGCCUCGACAGUCACGCUACCAGGACGUUCUCUCCGCAGCCACUCAACCGCUGUAAGUGUCGAUUUCGACCGCAGGUUCCGGCAUGACCUACGAAGCCGACUCCGAACCCCUGGACCACCGCUUGUACCGCAUCUGAACUAGCCAUUCUCCGAGUCCACACGCCAUCUCCUCUGUAGCUCCAAGAUGAUGUGGGUGAUAACCGUUAAAACGGCAUUCCAACCAAACUCAUCCCCACAAAUCCUCUAAACAAGAUUGUCCGGAGUUGUGUUCUCCCCGCAUGUGGCAAGCAUGCGGUCACGC